AUGGCACCGUCUCCACCAGGCAUGCUCCGCCGAUUAAUAUUUUGCUUAUUGCAGGGCUCGCAAGACGACGAGAACGAAUCCUUUAAGAAGCCGCGCCGCUCCGAGCGCAUCUCAUCGCAGCGCGCGACCGCUGCCACCGACAACGAUAACCAUGUCUUGCUUAAGACCCCCGUGCAGAAUAAACACCAACUUCCUUCGCCGUUGACGCACCUCGCCAGUGAGAGUACCGCCGGUCUCGACAAGGACGUUGCAGCUACCCCCCCUCAGGAGCGCCCGAGCCAGGUGGCUCGCCGCCGUGCCGAUGAGGGCUUCUCCCAGGGAGUUCUAAGCUCGCCGCCUCAGGAUACGCAGGCGUUCAGCCAACAGGAUUUCGAUCCCAAUGCUCCGUUAGUUGAAGGAAUCGACGAGCUCAAGGAAGGCGUAUGGGGCUAUCUUCUCCCGUUAGACUCCCAAUUCGUGCGCUCGCCCGUGGUGUUGAAGAAGAAGGGUACUUGCUCCCCCCCUUCGGACACUACGGACCCUGCUGCGCCAGUGGUUGCGAAAAACGGCGGUAGCAAGGCUCAGAAGGGGCCGGGCAAGAAGGCGAAAAAGGAUGAUUCGGCAACAUCUGGGGGUUAUCUCCUCGGGCGACACCCAGAGUGCGAUAUCCGCGUGGACGAUCAGGGUGUUUCGAACCGGCACUGCAUUAUUUUCAUGGAGAACAAGGGCAACGGCACCACCGUCGUGAUUGAGGACUUGUCGCUCAACGGGACGUUCAUCAAUGGCGGUCGGCUGCAUCGGAAUGACAGGCGCGAGCUGCAAGAAGGCGACGAGAUCAGUGUCACGACGGCCAGCGCUGGUUUCAUAUUCCGGUACCCCAGAUGCCGACAUGGGCAGCCGUUUGCGAAGGAGUACACUAUCAAGCAACAACUGGGCAGCGGUCAUUUCGCCGAUGUAUUCUUGUGCAACGAGCGGUCGACGGGUGACGCCUAUGCCGUGAAGCGUUUUACGAAGCGGCAGGAUGAGGACAAGUCCAAGUACGAAGGCUUGCAUCAGGAGGUUGCUAUGCUCAUGGGCAUCAGCCACUCCAAUGUCUUGUGCCUCAAGGAAACGUUCAACGAAGCUGAGGCCGUCUAUGUUGUGUUGGAGCUCGCGCCUAACGGCGAAUUGUUUACAUACAUCACCGAAAACCAAAAGUUGACAGAGGGGGAGGCCCGCAAGGUGUUCUUGCAGUUGUUCGAGGGCAUGAAGUAUCUGCAUGACCGGAACAUGGUUCACCGUGAUAUUAAACCCGAGAAUAUCCUCCUUAUGGAUAACGAUCUGACCGUGAAGAUUGGCGAUUUCGGCUUGGCCAAAAUUGUUGGCGAGACAUCGUUCACGACGACACUCUGCGGUACCCCGAGCUACGUGGCUCCCGAGAUCCUCGUUAACAACAGAUCCCGCAAGUACACCAAGGCCGUUGAUGUUUGGUCACUAGGAGUGGUGCUGUACAUCUGUCUUUGCGGUUUCCCGCCCUUCUCGGACGAGCUAAGGCGGCCAGACUUUCCUUACGACCUGUCAGCCCAAAUUCAGCGGGCGCUUUACGACUACCCUUCCCCGUACUGGGAUUCCGUUAGCGAUGAAGCCCUGGACCUCAUCGACCACAUGUUCAUUCUCAAUCCCGACCAGCGUUACACGAUCGACCAAUGUCUCGCUCACCCCUGGAUGACCCAGAGGUCCCUCGGCGUCAAUGAUAGCACCAAUGGCCUGGUCUCGGGUCUCGCGGGUCUCGAAAUGAGCCGCCGCGCUCCACACCGUGAACGCACCAUGCUCAGCUCCAUCAACACCUGCACCGUCACGGAGCGGGUCCCUGCCGGUGCGGGGCGGCCCGAUGUCAAGGUGUACGCCAAGAAUGCUAAGACCAAGGCUGGGGCUGCUGCGACAUCGCCGACGCCGAAGCGGGAGGCCCGACCGGACGAUAACCGUGACCCGGGCGAGUUUAUGGAGAUGGGCGGUCGGGGUGAUCAGGAGCUGUAUGGGAACGAUGGCGCGAGCCGGUAUCCGACCAAGGAUAUUGGGGGCGAAGUGGUGGGAACAGAGGGGAAGGUAAAGGGGAAGGUGAAGGGAAACAAAGGCGGUCGUUAA